AUGUCCUCACUGUUAACGUGCGGUAGUGAGCAAGUCUGGACACGACGAGCUUUUGCAGUCCUGGUAGCUACUACAAGACUGAACGGCGGGAAUACCAUGAUCGCUAAGUCCUUUAAUUUCAGCCUAUUUAUGGUGCUAAUUGACCUUGGCCUUAGAGUGCUCUUCUUGUCCUUCCAAAUAUCCGCAUCUACAACUUUUCUCUAUCUCCUUGGCUCCCUCCAUGCCAACCUGCUUUUAAUCAUGCUUGAUGCUGCUUUUCCUCAUCAAUCUCUCAUUCCACCUAUCUGCCUCCUCUGA